AUGGCAGCCUUGCAAGAUGGAGACCCAUCCUCGUCGGAACAGUUGGGCGGGAGUUUUGUGCUUGGCGCUGGACUUGUUACUCGUCUGGCAUGGGUUGUGGGAUUUUGGCGCUCGCGGUGGGGGGGCUAUGUUGAAGUAUGGGCAGGGGCUGGGAUGACCGGUGUUCCAUCUGAGGCAUAUAUUAGCCUUUUGACCGUUCAAAGCCGGCCGAUGAAGGUCCUCCUGGGUUGGCCAGAGAGCCUGGCGGGCAGGUUGGGUCCAAGGACUUGGCGAUGGGCCAAGCAAAUGACGGUGGUGGGCGGGCGUUUCACCAGGCACCGGGCGCUCCUGGUUGGUGCAAACACCGGCAACUGA